CGCCAUCAGUCAAAUAUUUCAACCAAUCUUUUUCAUCUAGCAACUGAUACUAUCACGUGUAGUAAUAGGAGUCUUAGACAUUUGAUUUGCGACAACGAGAAUUAAUUCGAUCUUGUUGGAAAAAAUAGAGAUAUCGCGGGGUAGAGGCUUAGAUUACACUCGCCUCACACAAUUUCCAAUUUUUCAAUUUUUCAAAAUUCUUCCGUCACAAUGCCUUCUCGACCAAAACCACCGCCAGCGAGGCCCAAUCCCUUGAGGAACAUGAAGCCAAUUAAAGCCCCUACUGCACUGUCACGAAAAGCGGCCAUGGGUACCACAAGAGCAAAACCAAGACCCGCCUGUCCAAAUCCACAAUGUAGUAAACCUCAAAUCGAAGAUGGUGUAUGUCAUAACUGUGGUACCGUGGUUGACGAUUCAAAUAUUGUCGCCGAGAUUCAAUUCGGAGAAAGCAGUAGUGGUGCUGCCGUGGUUCAAGGAAGUCAUGUUGGUGCGGAUCAGGGAGGUGCACAAACUUUGGGUCCUGCUUUUAGAAGAGCUGGUGGUGGUGAAAGUAAUAAGGAGAAUACUCUUCGCGAGGGUCAGUGCUGACGAGACCCCUAUUUUCAUGAUUCAAAGUUAACUGUCUAUAGGAAAACGUAUCAUGCAAGCUUUAGCAAAUCAACUUGGAAUCUCGGAAAAUGUGGUCGGUGUUGGCCAUCAAAUCUUUAAACUUGCAUCGAUGAACAAUUUCAUUCAAGGUCGAAGAACGGAUUUAGUUGCAGCUGUUUGCUUAUACAGUGCUUGCAGAAAGGAGAAACCAUGCAGGGUGAUGCUUAUAGAUUUUGCUGACAAGUCACAGGUAUACUUGAAUCCUUAGCACAUCCUUUGAAUCCUUACUCAUAUUUAUAGGUAAAUGUUUUUACACUCGGUCGAUAUUUCAAAGCGCUUCACAAACAAAUUUCAUUGGCUACAGAUGGCAUUUUACCUGUCCUUCCGGAAGACUUAAUCUGGAAAUUCGCUUCUAAGCUCGAAUUCUACGAACAAACCGAAAAGGUAGCCGAUGAUGCAAUCCGUAUGGUUCGAAGAAUGAGUUUGGAUUGGAUGGUCAUGGGAAGAAGACCUUCUGGCGUUUGUGGUGCUUGUUUAAUCCUUGCAGCACGAAUGAAUAAUUUUCGCCGAACAGUCACCGAAGUCGUCUAUGUCGUCAAAGUCACAACAGCAACUAUUCAAAAGCGUUUGGAGGAAUUUAAAAGAACGCCAAGCAGUGCUCUUACAGUUGAAGAGUUUCUCAACAACGAGUUCUUAGAAUCGGCCCACGAUCCUCCCUCUUUUUACAGGAAGUCCGAGGCGUAUCUCAAAGAGAUGGAAGAGAAAAACAAGAAACGUAAGCGCAAGGGCAAGGGCAACGCGACUGAGAACGAAGCCGACGAAGGGGAGCUAGGAGAGGAAAAUGAUGGGAGCAACAAGAGACAAAAAUCUACAUCUGGGGCUCCUAUGCUACCAGCAGAAGUUCGACGCGAUGCAGAUGGAUUUGCUAUUCCCGCCAUUCCUUCCCCAAAGGACCAAAACAUUGAUCCCCGGCUUUUGGAUGAUGCCAUUGAAGAUGAAUCAGGCACCUCAUUUAACAGACUUGUCGCAGAAUUUGGUGAUGUUGAACCAGCUGACGAGGAAGCCGCGAAGGAACUUGAAGAACACGCAGGUGCACCCAAGAGAGGACCCGGUCGUCCACGGAAUGAUGAACCUCCUAUCGAAAUGCCAGAGGAAUGGCUCGCAGUAGAAGAUGAAUUGGAGCAACAAAUAACAGAAAUGGUUUCUGAUCCACAUACCCAGGAGCAUGCCAUCAGUUUCGCAAAAGCUCAAAAGAAGGCACACUAUCACCUUCUUCUUGCGGAAGCUUUGCACCCUCAAAAGCACGUCAGCAUGGAUACUCACAUUGGUGAGGACGAAUUUGCCGAUGACGAAGAAGUCAUAAAUUGCGUACUACCUGAUGCUGAAGUCGCCAAGAAAGAACAAAUUUGGCUUAAUGCGAAUAAAGAUUGGCUUCGCAAACAACAACAAAAGGAUUUCGAGAAGAGAAAAGCAGCUAUGGGUCCACCCAAAGUUACUAGACAGAGAAAGAAGAAGCCAAGAAUUGGAGAAGGUCAAACUAGCGUAGCUAGUACGCCAGCAGAAGCAGCUGUCAAUGCGAUGAAGGAAAGAAGUUGGAGUAAAAAGAUCAACUAUGAAGCUAUUAGGGACAUAUUCAAGACUGUGGGAACCAGAUCUGGUCCAGGUAGUGUUGCCACGAGUAAAGUUACAAGUAGAGCCGGAUCGACGGCUCCCGGCUCGGUGGUAGGUAGUGCUGCUGAUGGUGGCGAGGAAAUAAUGGAAGAUGUUGAUGAAGAUGAUGACGUUGGUGAGCAAGGCGAGGCAGGUGGUGAUGAUUGGCGAGGAGAUGUCAAUGGAGAGCGCUACGAUGACGAGGAUGAUUAUGAUGAAGACGACGCUAUAGGUAUGGGUGAUAUCGAUGAGGAUGAGUUGUACAAUUGAGUGUUCUCUGUAACACAGAUUUUCAAAAUCAUCGGGAAGUCGAGUGGAGGUUAUAACUUUUGUGGCAUGGAGGACUGAUGAAUGGGGAGACUUUUGCACAUAUUCAUGCAUGAAUGGAGCUAUCUGGGUGGUCACUGCAUAAUAGCACAGGAGUUUCACAAAACGUUCGCCAAUCAGCGAUGGGAUGUCGUGUAGAUACCUAGGUUGACCAAUAUUUUCAGAUACUUUCUGUUUUAGGACUCAAUGCCUGGAGCUUAAGAAAAGA